AACUCCUGCAUCACGCCUCUUAAUAGCAGCGACAUUGUAGUAAAGGGUUGGGCUCAUUUAGAAACCUCAAGAAUGCUCCACACCUAGCGCAGGAGGAAGGUAGAGGAGAAAAAACACACACACAAAGCCGAACUGAAAGAAGGAAAGAGAUUCGCUGCGCGUUGCUUAGGCAACCAGCGUUCCCUCGCGCUCCAAAUCGGGCCUACCUGGCUGUAGACCACGUGACCGCUCCUGGCGCUCUACCAAUCAGAGAAAAGGACAGGUGCGUCCGUGCUGGUUUCGGAGGCGGAAUCAGACAGGUUGCAGUAAAACACAGCGAGGCUAUAAAGCUGGGGAAGGAAGAGUCCAGCGCUCACACCUGCGCAGUCCGGCGUGUUUCUCUCCCACAGACGUGAACUGCGUUUCAUCAUGAAAAAUGAAAGCGUCCAGUCGGGUGUGUCUGGCUUCAGAGGAUUUGCAGCACCGGGCAGGGUGUAGUGAGGUGAUCUGUUCAGCAGAUGAGGAGUGCAGGAGCACCGCGCUGUGUGCCAGGCCCUGGACUUCAGAGCAUCUCGCGUUCUCUACCACCACAUCCAGGUUUUAAAACAAAAUGACUGAAAAGACGGCUCCUUGGUGGAGAUCCUUCGUGGGAAAGAGGCGGAAAGCGGCCAGAGAAUCAGCUUCGAUCCUGGAGCAGGACCUCGCAGCUCACGUGGCCACCGAAUCCAACCAACAAACCCUCUCCAUCACCACUGCUCCGGAGCAGAGAAGCACCUCAGUGACCAGUUCCCAAGCAGCAGGAGGGCAAGCUGUUCUAGCUGAUGACACUUACGACGACUCUGUUGUACAGCCGACAUUCAGCGAGAGCGCAAACCGCCGCAACCUGCGCGUGUCACGCUCGGGCCGCUUCAAGGAGAAACGCCACACACGGGUGGGUCUCCCGGAGCACUACGAACACACAGAGAGGGCGGAGCCACCGAGCAAAGGCAAUAUGGACUAAACAUGUAGUUAAGACACAUAAAGUCUGUCACUAUAAAUCCCAGAUUCUGGACUAGAAGAAUACUUUGGUCUGGUAGAACAAGCAAAUGCAUGCGAGCCGGACAGUGAUAAGCUAUCAGCCACCAUCAGUGUAUUGUCCCCCUGAGGUUGUGUGAUAGUAUAUUGUGUGGUUGGUUAGCUGCACACAUGACAGAGCAACACAUCUGAGCAGCUAUAACUAGAAUGUGACUUAAAAUAAGCUGAGUGAUGCAUCUGCAGUACCUGGACCCGCUUCACCAACCCAGCCUCCCGAUCCCCCUUGCCUUUUUAACACACUGAUCACACUGGCAGAAGUGACCAACUGCAUGCAUUUAGUCAUUUCUCUUCAAUUGUUUUAUUUUUCACUGUGGAACUGAGGCACACAGAAGAUAUUAAACCUCGGGGAACACAGUUUCAAGGCCUUGGCUUAUUCCUGAACGAAGAUGAAGCUGGCACAUUUCUCUUUCCGUAGUGAGAAUGCUGACAGAGGCAAGAGCAGGUGGACAGAAGCACACGUCCUUUUAUAUAUGAAGUUUUAACUGUACAGUUCACUUUCUAUAUUUUGGAAUCUAAAUGUUUUAUGAAGGAUUUUAUAGAAUUAUAUUUUCAUUAAGAAGGUUGAACGAUUGCACUGUUAAAAAAAAAAAAAAAAAAAAAAAAAGGGGUUUGUGAAGAUUACUAUUGACGCUCCAUGCAGGGAAAUGAAGUUUAUAUCAGAUUAGUUUGUUUCAUACUGAUUUGUUUUUAGAAGCCAUGAGCUUCCAUCCACAGCCAAGCUACAGACAGAACAGAGAGCUUUAAACAUGAGAGAAACUGGAUGGAAGGAUUUACACCUCUCUAUACAUGAAUAAUGAAGGUUGAUAUGGUGCAAAGAAAUUGAUCUUGAACAAAUGAUUUACACAGAGUCAGCUACUGAAUUAGGAUAGAGCUGUGUGAGCUGUAUGAGGCCUCUGAAUUAGGUGUGGUAGCGUUCCCCAGAACGCAACAUAACGCAGACGUGAUGGAAAUAUCUGGGUUAAAAGAAGGUUAUAUGAAGUACAGAAGGAACUUUCUUUUAUUAUGUUUAUUAUUAUGCAAGCCUGUAGUCUUAAAAGAUUAAGAUCGGGCAACACAAACUUGAAGUUAAUAUUAAGAUUAUAUUUAGAUUUUCAGUUAAACAUAGGUUUUAAACACUUGACAAAAAAAAGGCAAAUCUUUUAUUGCGAUCAGAUUUUUGAAAUGUAGCAUGACCUUGUAAAUAAAGAAAUCUGAAUAAACACAAAUUCUGUUUUUAAUACCAGCAAAGGUUUAUCCAUUCAUAUCCACAUCUCACUGUUCAUGUGUGUGAAGACACAAGUGUAAUUGCUGUAAAGGGUGGAGUAGUCAGACUGUCAGUAAAAGACGUGUUCAGA